ACCAUCAGCUGUGAACGGCUUAUCAAUCCACGUGUUUAGUUUGUGAAUUCAUUUUUUAGUUUACAUUGAAUUUAAUAAUAUUAAAAUGCCACAAGGUAAAUUUAAAAAGGCAAAGUUGCCUGCAGCUAUACAGAACAAGAAAAAGCAGCAGAAACAGGCAGCUUUCACACGCAGAUCAAAUGCUCCCAUACAACCAAAGAAGGGCAAAUUCAAUGAGACGCAGAAAAUCAAGGCUGUUAUUUCCAAAUCAGUUAACAAGAGUGUCGAAAGUGAACUGCGUUUGCGUGCACAUGAAGGCUACAUUCAGCUCAGCAAAGCCCAGGAAGCGGUUGCCAAACAUCAUGCGACGCAAGCCGCUGCAGCGGCUGCUGCUAGCACGGACGAAUAGUACAUGUAAAUGAUAU